AAAGUGUCACUCACCCGUAGAGCCAUGCGGAUCAAUGGUCAUGGAAGCCGUGUGCCUCGACACCACGGCUAUGAGUCAUCGUCUAUGAUCAGUUCUGAUUUAGAAUCUACUAGCUUCUUUGACUCGGAUGAUGAUGCCUCCAGUCGUAUCACUGCCACCACAACAGGAAGCAGCAGCGUAUCUCGCCUCCAUGCCCGCCAUCGACGGAAAAAGCAGCGCCGACACCGCCUGCAACCUCCUAUGUCACGCACUUCUUCUAUAUCUUCUAUUACUGACUCUACAAUGUCUCUUAAUAUUAUUACUGUCACGUUAAACAUGGACACUGUCAAUUUUCUGGGGAUAUCUAUCGUUGGGCAAUCAAGUAAAGGUGGCGAUGGAGGUAUCUAUGUGGGAUCAAUUAUGAAAGGUGGAGCGGUAGCAUUAGAUGGGCGUAUAGAGCCUGGAGAUAUGAUCCUCCAGGUUAAUGACAUUAACUUUGAGAACAUGAGUAAUGACGAAGCAGUUCGGGUGUUGCGAGAAGUUGUUCAAAAACCAGGGCCAAUCAAACUUGUUGUAGCUAAAUGUUGGGAUCCCAAUCCAAAGGGCUAUUUCACCAUACCUCGCACAGAGCCUGUUCGACCCAUUGACCCCGGUGCGUGGGUUGCCCAUACUCAAGCAUGCCGAGGAAUACCAGGAGAGUUUCCUGGACGUCCGCCAUCUGUCAGCACCUUAACUUCGACCAGCUCUUCUAUCACUUCCAGCAUCCCAGAAUCAGAGAGACCGUAUGAAGAGAUGAAGUUGACUGUGAACACACCAAUGGAUACGAUAGUGCGGGCGAUGGCUGCACCAGACUCAGGUUUAGAAAUCAGAGACAGGAUGUGGCUAAAGAUUACCAUACCCAACGCAUUCAUUGGUGCUGAUGUUGUCGAUUGGCUGCAUCAGAGAGUAGACGGCUUCCAGGAUCGUCGAGAAGCACGUAAAUACUCUGCUCAGAUGCUCAAGGCUGGAUACAUCAGACAUACUGUCAACAAAAAAGAUUUUUCUGAACAGUGCUAUUAUGUGUUUGGUGAUCUAUGUACAAGCUUAGCAAGCUUAAAGUUAGGGGAAGAUGACACACUAAGUGAGGCAGACAGGGACACCUUAGCGCCUUUACCGCCCCCAUCAGCAGCUUCACCUUGGGGUGGCCCACAUAUGCCAUACGCUGGCACUUAUGUUCCCCCAGCUACAGGCUAUGCGCCAAUGCCAUUCAAUUACACCAAUGAAUCGUAUGCAUUUAAUAGAGACAGCAGCACCAACAGUGGUUCUGGUAGUAGCGGUGGAACCCAGAAAAAAGUUGAACGAAAGUCGGCAUCUCCAGCCCAAAGUGGAAGUGAUAGUGAGGCCAGUCAGCGCAGUGCUCGCCGUCUGGGUAGUGGAGGUGGUGGUUCUGGCAGUGGCAGUAUUGGUGGUGGCGGAGGUGGUGGUGGCGGUGGGACAGGUGGAACAGGUGGGGGAUCCAGUGGAUCUGAGAGAUCAACAGCAACUACGUUAUCCCAACCACCACAGCAACCACUUCCGCCUCAUUCCACUCAUCAGCACCCUACAGGUGUGCCUUCAACUUACCCUCUGCAUCCCUCCCACCCAUCACAUCCACCACAUCUGUCACACCCACCUGGCCUGCCUCCCCUUCUCCCUCCCCAUCCUUCCCACCCUGUCCACCCUCACCCAACAAGUGCCCUCACCUCCCACAGCCACCCCAAUGACCCCCCUCCAGCAUACUCCUCCCUCAUGCUCCCCCCGGGCAACUCGCACCCGGCUCCACCUUCACGCCCUGUGGAGCAGAUGAACCCUGACCUGGCAGCUAGUACCAACAGUUUCAACCUGGCCAUGGACAACCCCUGCAACUUUUUUGUUGAUUCUGUCUGAAGCUUUAAUUGUUUGAGGAAGACAUCCAAGGGUACCAGUUUAGCGACCGCAGCUAGUCACCUGGACCACAUGGGCGCAGUCGUGUGGAAAGUUAGAGGAGGACCCUAGCCAGAGCUUAACUCUCAGUGGAAACAAACCGCUUAAUGUUAUCAUUGUUAAUAAUGUUGCAAUUUUUAAAUGGUUCCUGUUGCUUCUAAGAUGACCGAUCCUCCCCUCCCCACCCCCUUUUCUAUUGUUAUUAUUCAUUUUUCUGUUAUUUGUGUGUUGGUCAACAAGAAUGUGCUUUUGUGCUAUUUGACCGAAAUGUGUGGAAUUUACUUGAGGUGGUCAUUUUGUUAGUGUAAAAGGUCAGAUUUUAAAAUUGAAAACUGAAAAACAGACUUUGUGCAUCCUGCAACAACAUCCAAUCCCUUAAUUUCCCUAUGAUUCUGUAAAAGUGGUAUAGAGAUUGAUAUAGAAGAGGAAGCUGGUCAUUUAGAUGCUCAAUAGUAUAGUAAAUAUCCAAUAAAUCAAUUUGAUAACAUUAACCAGGUGUUACUACUGUUCUGAUGAGGAUAUUGGCUUGGCAUGAGGGUGGUGGAGCUCUAAGAGACAAACCUCUUUCAUGUGUUUGUUACAGUAGUCCAUCACUCUGGUCGUGAAAGACAAAUUACUAGGGGGUGGGAAUGUGAAGAACAAUAUUAGUUAUUUCAUAGAUGAACUCGAGGCCAAAACUACUGAUGGCAACAUGGCUUUAGAGUGUCUUGCUCAUCAGUAAGAAGAGACAAAUACAACUCUGAGAAAAAUAAAAAUUGUUGCUCUCGACUGAUGGUCGUGGAUGAUUGUGGAAAAGAAAGUGAACUUGCAACUGCAUAGCUACUUCUGGGUCAUAAUUAAGAACAAGAUGGCUGUACUGUGUCCUAGAAGAUCCAGGUUUAAAAGUGCAAAUCAGUGAAAAGGGAUUUUCCAUUAUAAUAAAGUGACUUCCAGGCUUUGCAUUUCUACAGGUUCAUAUGCAAUAAUUUCACACAGAAUUUAUGUAGUGAGUCUCAAGACAUUUUAGUAGACUCUGCAACCUGUUUAUGCAAUAUUUGUAUUAACAAUAUGUUUACUACUGUGUACAGAUAGUAUGAGAGACUAUGUGGUCAGCCAGCUUGAGCCUUUUGUGUGAUGUUCAUACGGGGAUCUUCAUAUUCAUAUCUUGCUAAGUGUUUGGGUCUCACCCUCUCAUGGUAGUGUUCAGUCUCAAAUGGCACAGCUGGAUGGGUUUGGUGUAUAUUUUAUCAAAUCAAACCAACCAAUGGCAGGUAUGAUUUAAUUUCCUUCAUCUUGUCUUGGCUGUCAAAAGAAUCUAGAAAUAGUAUGGGUAUGCAAGAGAGAGAGAGAGCCUAGACAUUUUAGACUGAGGGUGACAUUGGUUUAUAAGUUGUGCACAGAAGGGGCCAUGACUGUGUGUUGUAUUUUGGUAAUGUUUGGUCUCAUUAUGCAGCUGUCAGACUUUUAGGGAAGAUUUGUGUAUUUUUCAAACUAAGUUUCAAGGGCAGUUAAAAAAAGGAGUUGUAUGGUAAUCAAAUUUGUUUAUAACUUUUAUUUAAUGGUAAAGACUUGCCUGUAACUGUGAAGAGAGCAGGUAGAUCUGAUAAGGUUUUAUAAGUUGUGAACCUUAUUAAAUUUGAAGUUAAGGGCUAAUAUUUGAUGCAAGUUUUUCCUUUUCCUUCCUCAUUUUUUAAGUUUGCUCUUGAAUAUAUGUGCAUACCAUAUUCAGUUGAGUUUGUUUUCUCGUUAUAUCAGGUAGAAAAAUCAUAGAAUUACUGAACACAAAAAGGUGCAAUACGCUAGAUGUUAUCAUAUACUAAAAAAUUUCAUUGAUAUUGUAUUGAACUAUUUUGUUUCCUUGGUGCGGAAAGUUAUUAAAAGAAGAAGAAAAAAAAAAAAUCAGUAUUGUGAUGCCCUAAGAGUUGCAGCUUUUAUUAGCCCUUUAAUUCACUGACUGAUACUCUUCACUUAUUAUUAGUGGUUAAUGAGUUCCUAAUUUUUUAUACAGAAUCUUGGCAGAGAUGCUCACCCUGUAAUAUACGGACGUAGCACAAACUUAUCCAGAAGGGCUGAAUGUUGCAGUAUCAUUUAUAUUACUUACUGUGUCAUGCUUCUUAGGAUAUUUAAAUAAUACUUUUUAUAGCAGCUUCAUUAAUGAAAGUACUUGGGAAUUACAAAAAGGCAUCUGUUAUAUAUAACAUUAUCACUUUGUUUUUCUUUGUUAUUAUUAUUAUUGAUUUAUCUUUUCUUCUUUCAUUAAUCUUCAGGGGCUGGAAGUCACCAUAUCGUACUGUACAUAUAUACUCUAGUUUUACAGAGUACCAUUGUGUCUUCGCCUACAGCCUGUGAUGCAAUUGUUCAAACAAUAUGUUUCAUCUCUGCAGUAGUAUGAGUGUUUUGUCUCUGCCAUUUUAUUGUGAUUUUUGUCCUGUUCCUUUUAAAUUUUGUAAUCUGUAUUUAUGUAUAUAGACAAAUCAGUAUGAAAAGAUAUUCUCCCAUACAUUG